AUGCCGCAGAUCCGAUCGCGGCGUCGCCUCGCCCCCAAUCCGCCCGCAUCGUCGCCUCGUCGCAACACGACGACUCCUCACGCCACCGCAAUCACGCUGGCCGCGCCACGCGCUGCGCCAAUAUGCCCUUUUCGCGAGCCCGAUUUCCCUUUACCGCCUCCCGAUCUUCCUUUACCCCCUUCAAAGUUCCCGGUCUCCCCUUUUUGCCGCCCGAACACCUCCCCCCCUACCCCCUCCAACGGGUUCUUCCCUUCCCGCCUCCAGUUCGCCCCUUUCCACCGCCCGAUCUCCCCUUUCUGCCCCCCGUUCUCCCCGUCGUGCCUCCCUUGCUCCCAUUCCCGCCUCCCACUCUCCCCUUCCCGCCUCCCCAUCUCCCCUUCCCGCCUCCCCAUCUCCCCUUCCCGCGUCUCAAUCUCCCCUUCCCGCGUCUCAAUCUCCCCUUCCCGCGUCUCAAUCUCCCCUUCCCGCGUCUCAAUCUCCCCUUCCCGCGUCUCAAUCUUCCCUUCCCGCGUCUCAAUCUCCCCUUCCCGCCUCCCGUUCUCAUUCAAUAAAUAUGGGGCUACCAUUUUCCCUUUCCCACUCUCAUUGAAGGCGAACGUCUCCCACUCUCCCCAUCCCUGCAUCCCCCUCUCCCCAUCCCUGCAUCCCCCUCUCCCCAUCCCUGCAUCCCCCUCUCCCCAUCCCUGCAUCCCCCUCUCCCCAUCCCUGCAUCCCCCUCUCCCCAUCCCUGCAUCCCCCUCUCCCCAUCCCUGCAUCCCCCUCUCCCCAUCCCUGCAUCCCCCUCUCUCCAUCCCUGCAUCCACAUCUCCGCCUCCCAUUCUCCCAUUCUCUCCCUUUCCUCCCUUCUCUCCCUCCCCUCCCUUUUCUCCCAUCCAUGGUCUCUUCCUGCAGUCCCUUCCGCCCCCUCCCUCCCUUGCCUCCCUUCCCUCACCUCCCUCCCUAUCCGGGCCCUUCUCUCCCUUCCAUCCCUUAUCUCCCUUCCCUCCUUCCAGCCCUUCUCUCCUUUCCAUCCCUUAUCUCCCUUCCCUCCUUCCAGCCCUUCUCUCCCUUCCAUCCCUUCUCUCCCUUCCCUCCUUCCAUCCCUUAUCUCCCUUCCCUCCCUUCUCCAGACUCCCUCUCUUCGCUCUCUUCCCUACCCUUGCAGCCUUCCCUCCCUUCCCUCUCCUACCUCCCCGCGAUUUCCCUUCUCUCCCGUUCCGCCGUUCUCUCCCUUCCCUCCAUUCUCUCCCUUCGCUCCCUUCCGUCCCUUCUCUCCCUUCCCUCCCGUCUCUCCCUUCCCUCCCUUCUCUCCCUUCCCUCCCUUCUUUCCCUUCCCUCCCUUCUCUCCCUUCCCUCCCUUCUCUCCCUUCCCUCCCUUCUCUCCUUUCUCUCCCUGCAUCUCCCUUCCCUCCCUUUUCUCCCUUCCCUCCCUUCCCUCCCAUCCCUCCCUUAUCUCCCUUCCCCUCCUUCUCUCCCUUCCCUCUCUUCGCUCUCUUUCCUACCCUUGCAGCCUUCCCUCCCUUCCCUCUCUAUCCUCCCCGCGAUUUCCCUUCUCUCCCGUCCCGCCGUUCUCUCCCUUCCCUCCCUUCCCUCCCGUCUCUCCCUUCCCUCCCUUCUCUCCCUCCCUUCCCUCCCUUCUCUCCCAUCCCUCCCGUCUCUCCCUUCCCUCCCUUCUCUCCCUUUCCUCCCUUCUCUCCUUUCAGUCCCUUCCCUCCCUUCUUUCCCUUCCCUCCCUUCUCUCCCUUACCUCCCUUCUCUCCCUUCCCUCCCUUCUCUCCUUUCUCUCCCUGCAUCUCCCUUCCCUCCCUUCCCUCCCUUCCCUCCCUUCCCUCCCUUCCCUCCCUUCCCUCCCUUCCCUCCCUUCCCUCCCUUAUCUCCCUUCCCUCCCCUCUUUCCCUUCCCUCCCUUCUCUCCCUUACCUCCCUUCUCUCCCUUCCCUCCCUUCUCUCCUUUCUCUCCCUGCAUCUCCCUUCCCUCCCUUCCCUCCCUUCUCUCCCUUCCCUCCCGUCUCUCCCUUCCCUCCCUUCUCUCCCCCCCUUCCCUCCCUUCUCUCCCAUCCCUCCCGUCUCUCCCUUCCCUCCCUUCUUUCCCUUACCUCCCUUCUCUCCCUUACCUCCCUUCUCUCCCUUACCUCCCUUCUCUCCCUUACCUCCCUUCUCUCCCUUACCUCCCUUCCUGCCCUCCCCCCUCUGCGAGCUUCCCACCACCACAGCCUCAUCCCCAUCUUCCCAUAACAUGCACUCUCCACCCCACAGCUCACCACUUGCAACUCAUCUGCCUUGA